AUGCUUAGCCUUCAAUUUCAAUUCAUCCCUUCCCGCUGGCUAGCUGUCUCUUUAUCUGCGCUCCGCAGAAUCCCUCCCUGCCAAGCGCCCAUUUCUGCCGCGGGAAGCCCUUCAAUCGUCCACCCCGCGGUCCCGAGGUCGGUGAAUCUCAGGGGAUUUCCCACCGCAGGGCCCAGCUUCCCUCCAGCUGGGUUUGUCAAGUCGCCCAUGUCAGAAACUAAGCUCACGGGGGACGCCUUUGAGCUGUACUGUGACGUGGUCGGGAGCCCCACGCCAGAGAUCCAGUGGUGGUACGCGGAAGUCAACCGGGCAGAGUCUUUCAGACAGCUGUGGGACGGUGCUCGGAAGCGCCGUGUCACCGUAAACACCGCCUACGGGUCAAACGGCGUGAGUGUGCUGAGAAUUACCCGGCUCACCUUGGAGGACUCUGGGACUUACGAGUGCAGGGCCAGCAACGACCCCAAGAGGAAUGACUUGAGGCAAAACCCCUCCAUAACAUGGAUUCGAGCCCAGGCCACCAUAAGCGUCCUGCAGAAGCCAAGGAUUGUCACCAGUGAGGAGAUCACUCUUCACAGCUUCCCUGCUCCCCCCAUCACCCUGCAGUGUAACCUCACCUCCAGCUCUCACACCCUUACACACAGCUAUUGGACAAAGAACGGGGCAGAACUGACGGCCACUCGUAAGAAUGCCAGCAACAUGGAGUACAGGAUCGCUAAGCCGAGAUCUGAUGAUUCAGGCGAAUACCACUGCGUCUAUGUCUUUGAAAGUACCACUAAAGCAAAUGCCACCAUCGAAGUCAAAGCCAGACCCGAAAUCACUGGCCACAAGCGGAGCGAGAACAAGAACGAAGGGCAGGACGCCAUGAUGUACUGCAAGUCAGUUGGUUACCCCCACCCAGAGUGGGUGUGGCUAAAGAAGGAGAGCGAUGGCAUCUCGGACAUUAAUAAUGCUUCUGGACGCUUUUUCAUCAUCAACAAGGAAAAUUACACCGAGCUGAACAUUGUGAACCUCCACAUCACAGAAGACCCUGGCGAGUACUUGUGUAAUGCCACCAACUCCAUUGGCUCCGACUCCGUGGUCACCAUCCUCAGAGUACGAAGCCACCUGGCCCCACUCUGGCCUUUCUUGGGCAUCCUGGCCGAAAUCAUCAUCCUCGUGGUGAUCAUCAUUGUGUAUGAGAAGAGGAAGCGGCCCGACGAGGUUCCCGACGACGAUGAACCAGCUGGGCCGAUGAAAACCAACUCCACCAACAAUCACAAAGAUAAAAACUUGCGCCAGAGAAACACAAAUUAAGUACUGCUUCUAAUAUGGUUAGAUUCCUGAAGCUGGUGGCAACACGACCUGCUAAGUUUUAUGCUUGGGCCUCGUUGGUUCUAUCACUAUCACUCCAUUUUCUUCCCCUUCAAGUGAGCAACACCACAAUGACUGUCUAAAGCAUGCCUUAUUUAGCCUCUCCUGUAAGGGUGACCUCGCCAGACACAUUCUAAGCCAUGCUUCAGUGUAGAAGGUGUAAACUAUUUUGGGCUUGAUGUGCUGUGAAUGUUGCCUUCCCCUCCCCUUUGUUAAAAUAUUUAAAUAGACGUGAAAAGGUCCCCUGAGGAUCAGAUCAUGCAUGCGCCAUUUUUUACUUAAUGCAGCUGUUAAAUUGGCAAAGCUCUCAAAUGCACUGCUGCCAUCUAGUGAUACAUUUUUGUAAAGUACAGCAAAACCUACAGAUAUAUACAGUAUAUAAAUAUAUAUAUAUAUUUAUAUUUUGGGGGGUGGGAGAAAUUCAAAAAUUAAAUGCUCGUUUCAUUUUUAAGCUGCUGACAUUCACGCCUCAUUCUAUGUUGUCAAAUGAGGAAAUUGUGCGGUUCCGAUACAUACAGAUGAGUAAUAUAAACUGAAAUGUAUAAUUUUAAGGGCUUAACCUAUGACUUUAAUAAGACGCUGGUACAGUCCACUGAAUGGAUAUAAUGAAUUGCAGUAUAUAUGUAUGAUUGCUUUUUAAGUGAUUAAUUUUUUCUUGUUAAAUCAUGUAAAUUCUUAAAUCCUUUUGCACUGAUAUGUUAAACCUGAUUCUUGUACAUUGAAUUAAGGCAUACUUUUAUAAUUUACCUUUUGUUUUAAAUGCCCUUGAAACGUUACAGCAUGGUGGUACUUACUCUAUGCGACUAUCUCUCCCUGGUUUGACACUGUAUUUACCCCCAUUGAUUUACCGGAUGGUUGAUUAUAGAUUUUCUAUCCUAAUAGGGUUCUCAUGCAGUACGGAACUCUAGAUGCAUGUACUUGUGUUUGUGUAAUUGUUGAAGUGCAAUGAUGUAUUAAAGAAAAAAGUGAAUUUAUCUGUUUUUAAAAAAUAAAACAUCGAUAAAAGGUG